UUUCCUUGAUUGCCACUGUCUCUCUUCCAAUAGACUUUCCACAACCAAUAGUCAAGCAAAGCAAAGACACCAAAGUCAAUGCCUCAUUUCCAAUCAUCACAAGCUUAAAUACCCAUUAUUUUCCCUUAGCUUCAUCCCAUCCUCACCACAAUCAUCAAUCUUUCUUCAAGAUUCUUGAAAACUAAACAGUAAAGUUGCAAUCUUUGAGCAGCUGAGGUAGCAAAAAUGGUGAGACUUGCAGAGGGUAUAGAAGUCAAAGAUGAGCUGAUCAAGAAAGCUUGUAACUUAGCCACGGAAGCUCACAAUUUGUCUUCUGGGAAGCCUUAUAUUUACAAGAAAAAAAGUGGGUCGAUGGAGGCUGUUUUUGGUUUUGCUGGAACCUGGUCUCCUGAUGGUUGGUACAGUAGCACUUCUUUUGGAGAGACAAAGAUUAACCGCACUCUGUAUCCAUCUUUGAGAAAUGUUGGUACAGAUGAGGUAGCUAUGGUGAAUAAAGCAUUUUACAGCAGAUUUGAAGACAUAUUGAACAAAUCUUCACUUAAAAAUGAGGUGGAGAAAGCAAUGUCAGAUGGAAAACAGAUAGUGUUUGCAGGCCAUUCGUCCGGUGGCCCUAUAGCUAUUUUGGCAGCCCUCUGGUGUCUGGAAUAUUGCCGCACAAGACCAAAUGACAACCUAGUUUAUCCAUACUGUAUGACUUUUGGAUCCCCUCUUGUUGGUGACAGAAUAUGGUCUCAUGCCCUCAAGCGCGAAAAUUGGGCUCGUUACUUCAUGCAUUUUGUCAUGAAGUAUGACGUUGUCCCCCGUAUGAUGCUUGCUCCCCUUUCAUCAAUUCAAGAAUUGGUUCAAGAAAUCUUUGCCUUCAUCAAUCCGAAAUCCCAGUCUUAUCAGCACGAGGCUUUUGUAAGAUCGAGUAAUGCAUCGAAUUUCUUUAUGACUGUAAUGAGAAGUGCAUCUUCUGUUGCAAGCUAUGUUGCAUGUAAUCUGCAGGGAUGUACAAACUUGCUGUUAGAAACUGUUUCAAACAUUGUUCAACUCAGCCCUUACAGACCAUUUGGAACUUACAUCUUCUGCACUGGAAACGGGAAACUGGUGGUAAUUGAGAAUCCAGAUGCUGUUCUGCAGCUACUGUUCUAUUCCUCUCAAAUGAGUUCUGAAGCAGAAGCUGCAGCAGUCAUUGCCAGAAGCUUAAACGAACAUCUGUUAUACAGAAACGAAAUGCAGGACAGCUUAGAGAUGCAAGAUGUGGUUUAUCUCAAUAAUCUUACUGAUAUUCCUUUGUCUUCAAAUGUCAUUCCAAGUGAUGAAAUUUUAGCUAUGAAUUCAGCCCUGAAUGACCUUGGCUUGAGUACAAGAGCAAGGUUGUGUCUUCGUGCAGCAGGAGAGUGGGAGAAGCAGAAAAAGAAGAACGAGGAAAAGAUUGAUCUGAAUAAGAAGAGCAUCAAGGAAGGAUUAAGCAAGAUACAGGAGUACCAGACCAAGUGUGAUAUCCAUAAAGUUGGGUAUUAUGAUGCAUUCAAGCUUCAAGAAAACAUUGAUGACUUCAAUGCUAAUGUGAAAAGACUUGAGCUAGCUGGAAUAUGGGAUGAGAUCAUUGAAAUGUUGAAAAGGUAUGAACUCCCAGAUAGCUUCGAGGGAAGAAAGGAGUGGAUACAACUAGGGACACAGUUUCGCAGGCAAGUUGAGCCCUUGGAUAUUGCAAACUAUUACAGGCACCUGAAGAAUGAAGAUACUGGACCUUACAUGAUUAGGGCUAGGCCUAAGCGUUAUCGGUUCACACAGAGAUGGUUAGAGCAUGCUGACGGAGUGCAAACAGAUGCGCGUUCCGAGAGUUGUUUUUGGGCAGAAGUGGAGGAACUAAGAAACAAGCCGCCAUUCACAGAGGUGCAAAACAGGGUUUUGAGUUUAGAAACAAAGGCGUGGGGCUGGUUCCAGAGUGGCCUUUUGCGAAAUGAUGUUUUCUUCCCCGAGUCUACCUUUACCAAAUGGUGGAAAACACUCCCUGAUCAGCACAGACAGGCAUCUUGGAUAUCGAGUCAAAUAAAUUCUUAGCUCCUUGCGCUCUAAUACUUUGAUAAUGAUGGUAUCCCGGCCAGCUUGCAGAUUCCUCAAAUAUUCCACCACGUAUACUCCGAUGCCCUAAUAAGAGCAGCCACAUGGUAUUUGCCUAAGAUAAUUAAAAAAAAAAAGGAUAGACUGGCAGGUCCACAUUACUUCAAUGAGAGCAACCCAAUGUAUCUAGCUAAAAUAAUUGAAGAUGUUUCAAUUUUCCUAGGAA